GUUCUGGAUACACCUCGCCCUCACUACGCGCAACCAGCAAGUUCCAAUCGUGCCCAGCCGCCAAGCUCUAGGAGGAGGUUGCCACCGAUUUCGCCGUUGAUCAGCCGUGUAACCCCCACGCCGAUGCCACGUUUUAGGGGACUUGGUAAUCCCAAUGCGUUGGCCGCUUUGGUACACCAAGAGACUAGUGUACCAGAAACCGAGUCGACUCUCUCCGAGAUUAACCGACGGCCUCGAGAAGCUUCUAACCACUCGUCUCAUUAUGCGCCAGCGAGCGCCAUAGACCCUGGCCAUAGCACCAUUCUCGGCACGUCUCAGGUACGUAGCGUUACAUGGGAUGACAAGUUCCUUCCCAGAGGUUUCAAGGGUUCAAAAUCUAUUGAUGUCGCCAAGAAAAACAAACGCUACCAGAAUGAUGAAGAACUAUCGUCAAUUCCGGGUUUCGAAGACGUCACUUCGUUCGGCAAGGAUCGGUCUGUAACCCCCUAUAGAUCACAAGUUGUCAGGGACUCUGCUCGUAAUCAGAGUACACACGCUUCGAGCAAGCCUUUCUACCUCGAGCCCCAACAUGACAACAAAGACAUCGUUAUCCACAGCGGCAGAAGGAUGCCUGGAGCAUGGAGCGACUCCGAAAUUGCUGAAAUGAGGCAAAAAGACGACAAAAGUAUCCUAAACGAGGGCAAGGCUGCUGCUACUGAUCAAGGUAAAAACCAAAGCCAAGAAAAUCGGAACAAAGAAGCUAGCAAAGGAACUGCAAGCCAUGCCCAAGAUGAACCGAAGCAACAGCCUGCAAGCCAAACACAGCAGGGCGGUGGUGCUAGUGUGGCGCGCUCGAUUAAGCUCGGCAAUGGACCGAACACCGGCGAAAAGCAACCUUCCAAGCCUGCCUCAAGAGUAUCUUCAAAGGCGCCUUCUAAGAGGGCAAAGGAUACUUGUAGCGGAAAUGCUCCGAACGCCGACGGUGAUGGCGGUUGGGAUUCUGUGAAGAACGAUACAAAGCCAACUGAUGAGCAGAACGCUCAGGGCAAUACUGGAUGGGGAGAUGCCACCGGCACCUGGAGCAACGAUACAAAGUCAACUAACGAGCAGAGCACACAAGACAUUGCUAAUGGCUUGGGAGAUACUACUGGCUGGGGAGACACUGCUGGAGCAGAGAACUCAGCUGAACAGCCAGGUUGGGACACCCAAGACAAUGACCAGCAGAACAAUACCGAUAAUGCUUUUGGAUGGAAUGAUGAUGAUACCAACACCAAAGCUGGGGCUGACACGAAAUCGGAUGAAAAAAACGAAGCUAACGUUCCUUCAAAUGGCAACUGGAACAACGCAAGCUGGAACGCAGAUAAUGGUGGCAAUAGCGCUAAUGAUAAUGGAGCAGGGUGGGACCAAGUUGCAACUACCAACAGCGAUCCUGCCAAGAUGACCAAAAUUAUUGACGCUACAGACAAUGGCCAGAAGAAAACUUCAGACAAUGCUAAUUCUGGCAAUGCGGCCACUACGAACAACAAUAACACAACAAACAAUGUCCAAGACAGUUCAGCUCAACCACCCACGUCCAAACCCAAGCAGGAAGAGACAAAGCCGACUCGUUCGCGCAAAUCAGUCUCCGCUAAAUCGGUCCCUGAUAGGUACAAGAGAUCCACGUCUUAUACGUCAGGACCGACGCCUAUCCAACAAAGCUUUGUCAAAUCAUACUGGAGUCAAUGGAACGCUCCUCCUUCGAAUGCUGACCUUUCUAAUGCUGAAGAGAAGUUAGGCAAGGGGACUGAGUACAGGCAUGAAUGCGAGAAGCCCCCAUAUAUUGACACGCUGGAUAAGCCGUACGCAGUGUUCAUGUUUCAUUUCCUAAACAAGGAGGAGCUGAGCCAGAUGUUGGGUAUCGAGGUUGAAGUUCAAGAAGGAGAGGCCGAGGAGGCCGCGAAGGCGGAGAUGAUGAACCUUAGCAAGGAAGAGUUGGUGAAGGCGCUUCUCAAGGCAAAGGCGCAGCCGGUUGAGAAGGAGAAUUCUCCUGCACCUGCUAAAACUAGCAGUGAUUCGGGCGAGAAACCUCAGGUGCGCCGUCAACCUAGCCCUGCUUCAGUCCAGAAAUCGGAAGAGAACCAGAAGGACUCGGGUAAGGAUCCACAGACCAGUCAACCAACCUGGGACCAGAAACCUCAAACCGACCAACAGAAUUCGGAUAAGAAGUCUCAAGCCAGUCAACCGGACUGGGACAAGAAGUCACAAGGAAAUCAGCAGACUCAAAACCAGAACGAGAAGGCCCAAGCUACAGGUACAACUCCAACUCCAACUCCAUUUGCAGACACGCAGGCUGCGCCUGCUGCGGAAGAAGAAGACGAGCCCAUGACUUGCGACCACUGCAGCGACAAUCUCGGCCUCACUUGGUACCAUUGCGAUAUUUGCAAUGCACCUGAUGGCGGCUACGAUGUCUGCAUGCUUUGUUCCAACAAAGGCAAGCGCUGCAAGGAUAGCAGUCACGUUCUCGACGAGUGGAUGGAGAACAAGGAUACCAAAGUCCCUGGACCUACAGGUUUGAAGCUCGCUGUGGUUGCUGACGCCAACACUGCCAACAACAAUGCCGGUUGGGAUACGGAUGCUAACAAGAACGACGGUGGAAACACUGGCGGUGACUGGGCUAACGUUGACACCACUAACAACAACGACAGCGGCUGGGACACGGGCGCUAACAAUGGCGACAGCGGGAACAAUGAUGCCGGCUGGGGCAACAACGACACGAACAAUGACAAUACCGACUGGAAUGCUGAUACUAACAACAACGAUAGCGGAAACACUGGUGGUGCUGGCUGGGACACCAACAACAACGCCGGUUGGGAUGCAGAUGCUAACAAGAACGAGACUGGAAACUCUGCUGGUGAAGGCUGGGUUGACGUGGCAGGAACUGGCUGGGACUAGUCUAAAUAGAGUAGUCGAUACAACCGGUGUGAAGACCGGAUGGUAAGGGGCGGCGGUCAGUCAGGGUUUUUCUCGAGAGGGAAGUCUUGCUAGAUCUUGCUCUUUUCCUUUCUCUUUCUCAAGAUUGACAUGCAUGCGAGGUUGUGUCACGGCAGGUAGGGGUAGCUAAGCUAGUCUUCUCUACGAAAAUACUACUGGGGGUUCUUUUGCUUUCUUCUGGCUUGCUUCUAGUCGGUCCAUCUGAUCUCUGAUCUCUGAUCCAGAUGAAUAUUCUAGUGCAAAAACAGACCCGUGCCGAGGACAUACAUACAUAGUCGUACAUACACCCGCCUUGACUCGACUCGACUCGACUCGAUGCACCAACCAACCGACCA